AUGUCCGUUAGUUUUUCUUCUAGUGACGUUCUUAUUCUGGAGCAAUUCAUGCGUGAAGACGGCACCGUGCUCCCACGUCAACUCACUGGACUAUGCAAAAAGCAGCAGUUACGACUAGAAAGAUGCGUCAUGCAGGCUCAUUGGGCUGGGCUCUUCCCUGAUAAAACAAUUCCAGAGUUUGAUAGAGCAGGGUAUAAGCGAUUCAACAGAUAUUGGAAUGAUGACAUGGAUAUGUACAGAUUGAAGGAAAAGAAGGAAGUGGGCUCAUGGUUUUAUAUAAAACGAUAUCGGACGGAAAAUCAGAAAAUCGACUAUAGGAAGAAGAAAUAG